GGGGAUGAUACUCCCGCUCUCUGGACCCACAGCCUUCGUUUCUACAGCUUAAACCUCGUCUAUCUCUUCACCCCAGAUUACGCUAUUACAUAUCCGGACCGACCCGGACAUCUAGAGCCAAACGAGGUCUCCUGCCCGGCAUGGACCCAGCCGGUGCUCAAGCAGACACGCCGUCAAGGCAAGAUCAUCCCAAGAAGGCCCCCGGUAGAACUCGCAGGAGAUCCAGCAGGGCAUGUCUCCACUGCCGGGCCCGCAAAGUCCGCUGUGAUGUCUCUCACCGGGGAAGCCCCUGCACGAACUGCUUUCUCGAUAGCGAGCGUUGCCUUGUUGCAAGGAGGACAUCAAAGUAUAGCCGAACCGAUGAUGCUAUUAGGGAUGACUCGCAGACACUCCUGCCUAUCGAUGAGCUAAUGAGCCACGCCGAGACCGCUGAGAUGCCUGACGAGUUGGUGGCGGCCGAGAAUGAAGACUCUCCCGCUGAUGAGAAACCCAUUCUCAUUGACGGAGAGGCGACAACAUUUGGGUUGACUAAUGUCGGUUGUCGGGGUACAAGUCAAAUCAUCACUCAAGAUCCUCCAGUCGAGUUGCCUUUUAACUUGUUUGAGGGCUUAUUUGAUGGGCAUCCUCUGGAUGCUUCGCGGGGAAUAUUUCCAACGCACAACCCUUCGGCGUUUCUACACAAAUCAAACCGUACCAACUUUCAUCGUCAACGGCCUACCACCACUGACGACCCCAUAUCCUCUGAAGUAGUCUAUUGUCGUUACCCAUUCCUCGCGAUUACGGACAUUGAUCGAAUUCCACAAGAGGAUUUCAGUUUUCUGGAGCUCCAAGGCUGUCUCAAGGUCCCGAUACGACCUCUACUUGACGAAUUCGUACAACAAUACUUUCUUCAUGUUCAUCCAAUCUUACCAAUUGUCAACGAGGGUGACUUCUGGGACCUUUACGACGGUGAUGGCAGACACUCGCCCAAGGAGCCCAUCACUCUACUGCUAUUCCAGGCAAUGCUGUUUGCAGCAUCCACGUUCAUUUCUCAGUCCACUGUCUCGGCUCUUGGUUACUCGGAUCUCCGAGCGAUGCGAGCUGCACUCCUACGACGUGCUAAACUGCUCUAUGACCUUGACAGCGAUUUGUCACCUCUUGUUGUCUCCCAAGCUUCCGUCCUUCUCUCAACAGCAUCGCUGUCAUCGUCUGGGAAGCCAAAUACCAUUUGGCUGAGCCUCGCAAUCGCGAAUGCGAAGCUCGUCGAAGCGCAUCUCUACACAACCAUGACAUCAGCCUCUUGUUCGAAACAGCGGAACGUCCUAAAAAGACUCUGGUGGUGCUGCAUCAUUCGAGACCGCUCCAUGGGCCUCUUACUGAAACGUCCGGUACAAAUCACCAAAGAGCAGUUUGAUUUUAGUGAGGACCCUCUCAACUCAAACGAUCUAAAAGAUGAGCUUCAGCGAUCGAAAGUCUACUGUCCUUCCACAAAGUCGAAACUUGCCGAGGUCCUUUCUCAAUCGGUUCUUCUAUUUAUCAAACUCACCGAUGUUUUGAUGCUUAUAUAUCCUCAAAAUGGCAAGCCACAGUCGACAUCGAAAGAGCACGACGACUCACUGCUUCAGCUUCACGAAUGCAAAUCAGGUUUAAGAGAAUGGCAUUUAGGAGCUGCCUCGAAAUUGCAAAAUCAUCAAAGUCGCACUGACUUCGGGUUGCCAAAAACCGAUCAAGCUAGUGGACAUGACUCCAUCACUCUAUACAUGAACCUCACGUACAUGUACUACCACACCGCUCGCAUCGUUCUAUGCCAUCACGAAGCGCUCUAUUUAGACAUGGGAGGCAGUGACAUGAUCUCCCCACUCACCAAGGACCCAUCCAGGAUUUCCGAGACGCAACGUGAAUUGCAAGAUGCGAUUUCGGACGUUAUCGAAUGUCACAAAGAGCUACUUCGCCUAGAUCUUGCCCAGUGGAUGCCUCACUCAGCUAUGGGGUUUAUUACCGUGCCGCUUAUACUCAAUAUACUUGACGUAAAGCUAUCGCCGCCAGCAAUGGAGGGCGUCCACCAGUCUUCAACGGCAACACAACAUCAGCUCAACGUCCUCAUUGGAUUCAUGAGAGCAUACUGGGCUCGAUACGAAGGCGUCGAUUGGAUCACUGCUAUUGUUCGCCAUAUCAUCAACCUCGCUCAACUGAACGAAUCGAGGGCGCAAAUGAAGGGCUCGAGUAUCAACUGGGUGGAUAUCUUUGCUAUCCAACCCAGGUCAUAUCUCCGCCUGGUGUUGGUGUUAGAUAUGAGUCUCAGCAAGGGUCGACUGGCCCAGGAUGCAGAUUUUCCCGUCAAACUCCGAGGCUUGUUCUCUCUUAACCUGAAUCCUUUGAAGGAGCUCGUCGAGCGUCGGCGCUACAACCUUGAAAGUCGAAACCCCCUUUUUCAAUGGGGAACCCAAUCUUCACCGUUUGAUAGCGUGCUGCGCGAUCAAAUGCAAUUAUAUACUCUCGGACUCGAUGAUUGUCUUUUCAACACCCUCGAAAAUGAAAUUGCGUUUCACCAGUUGAUGGAUACUAGCCUCUUUCAACGUCAAGAAUGGAGAGGGGCAAGUGCCUCAAAGUCGUCGUUGAGCCAGCCAAUCGCGAGUCUUUUAAACAAGCCGGCCAGCGGCCCAGAAUGCUCUGAAAUAUUCACCACCAAAGGGGUGGAGACAGUCGGAUCUAAUGGCAGUGCUGAUAUGGAGUACCAGGCUGAGUCGGUGUUGGAAUUGGGGGAUGUGGUGGAUGAGGAGGUAGUUGAUGGUUUACUUGGGGGCUUGAGUGAAAACUUGGGUGAGAGUGUUUGGUAAAGUGUUAUACAUAGGUCAGGAUAUUCUAUUCAGCCCCGUUAGCAUAGUUCACAUAAUUUUCAAUAGUGCAGGCAUUGACUCUAUGGGGAGAUUGAAG